UUAUUCAAAAGUACAAAACACUGUGGGCCAUGUAAAUCCGUACAUCGCUCAUUCUUUACUUUUUUAAUUGACCAUCAAAAAUAAAAAAAAACUACAGUAAGUUAUUUGAUUUUGAAUCAGAUCUCAAAAACAAAAAUGGAUGUGUUUUUUAUUUCAAUUUUAAACUCAGAUCAAAAAUAUGAAAUUGAAAAACGGGCUGCUGGGCCGAAUCGGAUUUUAUUAUUUAAUUUGCAGGGUUUGGGAGACCCAGUUUGAUAGUCAACUGAAAAAACAAGGACAACAAGGAAAAAAGACUUACAAACUAAACAAACGACCUGCGUGCACUAAUGUGAAGGGUGAUACUGAGACCUUGUAAAGCCCAGGGCUGGCUCAAGAACAGUGGUUCUGAUGUGCAAAAUGUCACGCAAGUGAGAGUCGCUUAAUCUCAUUCUCACGCGGUUCUUGUUCAUGUUCAUGAUGGAGAAUGUCUUCUCGCACAAAUAUGUGAGCCAAACAAGCUCAGUAUUUUCUUAGCAAACGUUCGAAUCUCUUGGAACACGCCUUUAUCCAGCUGGCGGUAAAAGCUGUUGGUGCCGACGGCGAUACUUGGUGUCACACUGCAGCUCAAUGAGCUCCGGCUGCAGAUGGUCAGGAGCAUCAUCAGGGUCCACGGAAGAGGGAGAGGAAAAAGGCGUGAUCUCCUUUUUCAAUAGCUGCAAAAUCCCAAAAGCGCUGUUGAACCUCCUCAGCCAUAGAAGUCUGCUGCAUACCUCCUCAUUGCGCACUAAUAUUGGUCUGUAACUGGUCAUUAUUUCCUGUAGUGAUGGGAAAUGUGUGGUAUUGGGCUGCAUUUGUGACAGAUGUCUUUGGAAAAGUAGCAGUUUGGUCCCAAAGGCUUUGAUGUGUGAAUACAGUUGUCUUACCACUGCAUUUCACCCCUGAAGGCUCCUGUUCAGCGUGUUCACAUGUUGUGUUAUUCCAAGAAUUGUCUGAUUUCCUCCCUAAGAGAGUAGAAGCGCUGCAGUGCAGACCCCCGACUGAGCCAUGUCACGUCAUUGUGAUACACAACAUCUCUGUAUUCAGCCUGGAUGUUGAGUACAAACUGUUGAAACUGGCGGUGGCACAGGGCUUUGGAGCGAAUAUCAUUAAUAGCCUUUAUCACUGGUUUCAGAACAUGGUCGUAUUUCAAAUGUUUAGCAGAGAGUCCUUGUAGGUGAAUAAUACAGUGGAGUUUUAUAGCUUUACCUCCUUCUUUGCUGACUUUGUUAAAGACUAGGGUUGUUAAUCCAUUUCUCUCCCCAGCCACAGCAGGUGCGCCAUCCAUAAUAACCCCAGUGACUUUAUUCCACGGUAGCUUCAUGUCAUCUACGGUGGAACAAGCAGCAGCAAACAAAUCUGUUUCUCUUGUUUGGUCCUUAAGGCUCUGGAGGUUCAUUCAUGUUCAUUUCAUUGUCCACUCUUCUAAAAAAAAUCAGUGACAGAGGCUGCGGGCCAGUGGAAAUUUGAACACGGGCCGGACUUUGGACAUGCCUGGCCUCGGGCCCCUCAGGUUGGCUGACCAGCUCCUCCUGAGCGUGCCCAGGACUAAUCGUAAGCUCAGAGGGGAUCGGGCGUUUGCUGUGGCAACACCAAAAGUGUGGAAUGAGUUGCCUUUACAUGUUAGACCUUAUCUGUUUUUAAAUCACAUCUUAAAACAUAUCUAUGUACCUUGGCUUUCAGCACAGCAGGACCUGUUGAUCUCUCUUAAUAUGUUUUUUAUUAAUUAUAUAUAUAUUUUUAUUUUAAGACAUUUUAUAUAUAAUUUAAACUGUUUUCUCUUUGUUUUAUAUUUGUAGUACUUUGGCCAACAUUGUUGGAUGUAAAGUGCGUUAUAAAUAAAGAUGCUAUGCUAUGCUAAGGGAAGCAUGUAUAAUGUAAACAGAAUUGGUCCUAGCACUGAACCCUGUGGAACUCCAUAAUUAACCUCAGUGUGUGAAGAGGACUCUCCAUUUACAUGUACAAAUUGGAGUCUAUUAGAUAGAUAUGAUACAAACCACUGCAGUGCAGUACCUGUAAUACCUACAGCACAUUACUCUAUAAAAAGUAUUAUGGGUAACUGAACGCUGCACUGAGGUCUAGCAGAGAUGUGUCUGCUCUCAAAGCCCAAAGAAGAUCAUAACUGUGAUAGCGUCUGAAACCUGCAGAUGAUCAGCUGUUUCAAGACUUUUUGGGAUACAAGACAGAUUGGCCUAUAAUUAGCUAACACGGUAAACUGAUGACUUUUUAACGGUCUAAUUACUGCUACCUUGACAGGCCUGUGGAACAGAGAUCAUAUUUAACAUACAUGCAUAUAAGAUGUAAUGUCCUUGCCUCCAUUUACACCAAUUAGGCAUAAUGUUAUGUUAGUUACCCCUUUGCUGCAAAAACGUCCCUGACCCCUGAAGGUGCUGUGGUAUCGGGAACCAAGAUGUUAGCAACAGAUUCUUUAAGGCCCGACAUUUGUGAGGACUUGUUUGGAUUGUGAAAUGGGGAAUGUGGAGAUUCAGCAGCUCAAACCAGUCCUGGACACGUGUUGCAUUAUCCUGCUGAGACAGGGUGUACAUGAUCUGCAACAAUGUGCAUUAAUAAUUGAUGAGUCUACAAUAAUCAUUUUCACCUAUCUACAUGUUGUGUACAUGUAGUGAGUUUAAAAUUCGCUCAGUUAACGCUGUUUUGUGCCUAUGCACGGUUCUUAGUAUUUCUCCCUGCGCUUGGCUGGACUAUCGUUUGUAGUUGCAGCGGCUGACACGAGAAUCAGGAAAUACAAGUCGGGUCAGCUCACUCUGCGUAGUUUCUUCGAGAGAAGGUCGAAGCAGGAAGCAGAAGCAACGCCACCAGCGUCGGUGUGGCAGCUCAGUGACUGUGUGCAGACUUUCUACACACCGCCCGCUCUGUUUGCGUCCUCAGGCGGAAAUGGCCUUAACACGAUGAAUUUCGUAGAAAGGAUGCCGUGCGCACACACGAGCCUGGGCAAAGCACCGACUCUGAUGCUGUAACCGCGCGACUAUGGAGCUCGUGCAGCCCGACAGCACGGGCUCCUCGUCGGUCCUCUCCAGCACACCUUGUAUUCCCGCCGGACGCUGGAGCAGGUAGCCAGAGAGGCUGUAAGCAGCAUGCGGUCAGACGUGGAGUACAGCCCGGUGGGAGAGGGCCUGGGUAUGCGGGACUUCUGGCUGUACGUGUGGCUGCGGAGAGUGGCGGUGAUAGCGACUCAUGUCACCGGCCUGGGCCUGACGCUCGUCCUCUCCCUGCUGUCCAGACCCGGAACCAGUCUGUUCUCUUGGCAUCCCAUGUGUAUGUCUGUCGCUUACUGCCUGUGCAUGACCGAAGGUAUCCUGCUGUUCUCAGCAGAGGGAUCUCCCUUCUGCUUCAAAUCAUGGAAGAGUAAAGUCCGUCUCCACUGGUUCUGUCAGGCUCUGGUCCUGAUCGCUGCAGCCACUGGACUUUGGUUCAUUGUGGCCAGCAGGAAUGUGUCAGAGCUCCCACACCUGGCCUCCUGGCACAGCCUGCUGGGCAUAUGUACGCUGACCGCCACCGUGCUCCAAACGGCCUGCGGCAUCGCUGUGAUUUUCCCCAAGCUGCUGCGUCUCUCCUGCCCCUCGUCCAGACUGAAGCUGUACCAUGCCACCUGCGGCCUGGUGGUCUACCUGUUUUCCACAGUGACAGUGAUGUCUGCCAUGUUCACUGACUGGUUCCAGGCCACGGUGAAGGGGGUGGCGUGGUGGGCCUUCCUCAUCCUGCCUCUAUUCCCUGCCUUGGUGGUGAUGAGCCAGAUCACUAAUGCCUAUCUACCCCGCAAGAAGCUGACCAGCUAGGAAC